AUGGAGGUUGAUGUCGCCCGAGGUCUUGCCACUUCACACCUUAUGUGGGACCACCUUCGUCGCAGUUACGAGAUCCGUAACGAAGCGAUGUACCUCGCUGUUGUUGAGGAGGCUCAGUUACUUCGUCAGCUUGAUUCUACAGUUAACGACUUCCACCUUCAGAUGACAACUGUCUGGCAUCGUCUCGACGGUUUGCGUGCUGAGUUCUGCGGUGGUGGCACUUGUCGGUGCUGUGACCACCACCGGGACCAGAGAGACACACUUCGCCUUCACGAGUUCCUCCCUCAGCUUCGUCCGGAGUUUGAGACUGCCCGGUGUGGCUAUUGCAAGAUUUAUGGUCAUGAGGAGUGUCGCAAGAAGCAGCGCGACAGACAGGGGCGUCGUGGCAGACACUUCUCUCAGGGCUCCUCUCAGGGCUCUGGUGGCUCUUCUACUCAGCAGGGCACUCGUUCAGUGUCUGCAGCGGAGCAGAAGGUUCCUGCCAUGUUUCGUCGCCUUACUACUGCGGCUCAGGCCUCAGCUCACGGGACUACUGCUCAGGCGUCUAGUUCUGCUUCUCCUCCUCCAGGUAUAUCAUCCCCGUGGUUCCUUGACUCUGGUGCUUCUUUUCAUAUGACGCCCGACUCAACCAAUUUGUCAUCUGUGUCUUCUCCCGAUCCACCUAUUUUUGUUCGAACUGCGGAUGGCACUUCGCUUUCUGUUGCUGGGAGAGGCAUUCUUUCGACAUCUUCCUUUGAUGUUCCUACCGUUUCCCACGUUCCUAAACUCACCAUGCAACUGUUGUCCAUGAGUCAAAUCACUGAUCAUGGCUGUCGCAUAAUUCUUGAAUCUGAUUCUUGUUGUGUUCAGAACCUUUGUACAGGUCUUUUGGUGGGGAUUGGGCCUAGGCAUCGGGACUCAAAACGUCAAUGGAAGCUUGAUUGGUUGUCUUCCUUCAUCCACCUUGGCUCACUUGGCUCCCAGUUCUCCAGCAUCUGCGUCCGCUACUUCGCCUACCACUUCUUUUGCGCAGUGGCAUCGUCGUCUAGGCCACCUCUCUGGUUCUAG